CGGGGCGGGGCGGGGCUAUGGAGAGGAGGAGGAAGAUGGCGGGAGGGCGGCUCUGAGGAGACCUCGGCGGCGGCGGAGGAGGAGAGAAGCGCAGCGCCGCGCCGGGGCCCAUGUGGGGAGGAGUCGGAGUCGCUGUUGCCGCCGCCGCCGCCGCCGCCGCCGCCUGUAGCUGCUGGACCCGGGCGGGAGUGAAGGGGAAACGGCAGGAUGAAGUUCGCCGAGCACCUCUCCGCUCACAUCACUCCCGAGUGGAGGAAGCAAUACAUUCAGUAUGAGGCUUUCAAGGAUAUGCUGUAUUCAGCUCAGGACCAGGCACCUUCUGUAGAAGUUACAGAUGAGGACACAGUAAAGAGGUAUUUUGCCAAAUUUGAAGAAAAAUUUUUCCAAACCUGUGAAAAGGAACUUGCCAAAAUCAACACAUUUUAUUCAGAGAAGCUCGCAGAGGCUCAGCGCAGGUUUGCUACACUUCAGAAUGAGCUUCAGUCAUCACUGGAUGCGCAGAAAGAAAGCACUGGUGUCACUACGCUGCGACAGCGCAGAAAGCCAGUCUUCCACCUGUCCCAUGAGGAACGUGUCCAGCAUAGAAAUAUUAAAGACCUUAAACUGGCCUUCAGCGAGUUCUACCUCAGUCUUAUCCUGCUGCAGAACUAUCAGAAUCUGAAUUUUACAGGGUUUCGAAAAAUUCUUAAAAAGCAUGACAAGAUCCUGGAAACGUCUCGGGGAGCAGAUUGGCGAGUUGCUCAUGUAGAAGUGGCCCCAUUUUAUAUAUGCAAGAAAAUCAACCAGCUCAUCUCUGAAACUGAGGCUGUAGUAACCAAUGAACUUGAAGAUGGUGACAGACAAAAGGCUAUGAAGCGUUUACGUGUCCCCCCUUUGGGAGCUGCUCAGCCUGCACCAGCAUGGACCACUUUUAGAGUUGGUCUAUUUUGUGGAAUAUUCAUUGUACUAAAUAUUACCCUUGUGCUUGCAGCUGUAUUUAAACUUGAAUCAAAUAGAAGUAUAUGGCCCUUGAUAAGAAUCUAUCGGGGUGGUUUUCUUCUGAUUGAAUUCCUUUUUCUGCUGGGCAUCAACACAUAUGGCUGGAGACAGGCUGGAGUAAAUCAUGUACUCAUCUUUGAACUUAAUCCGAGAAGCAAUUUGUCUCAUCAGCAUCUCUUUGAGAUUGCAGGAUUCCUGGGAAUAUUGUGGUGCCUGAGCCUUCUAGCUUGCUUCUUUGCUCCAAUUAGUAUCAUUCCCACAUAUGUAUACCCACUUGUCCUUUAUGGAUUCAUGGCUUUUUUUCUUAUCAACCCCACCAAGACUUUCUAUUAUAAAUCUCGGUUUUGGCUGCUUAAAUUGCUGUUUCGAGUAUUUACAGCUCCCUUCCAUAAAGUAGGCUUUGCUGAUUUCUGGCUGGCCGAUCAGCUAAACAGCCUGUCAGUGAUACUAAUGGACUUGGAAUAUAUGAUCUGUUUCUACAGUUUUGAGCUCAAAUGGGAUGAAAGUAAGGGCCUGUUGCCAAAUGAUCCAGAAGAACCAGAAAUUUGCCACAAAUACUCAUAUGGUGUGCGAGCCAUUGUUCAGUGCAUUCCUGCUUGGCUUCGCUUCAUCCAGUGCCUGCGCAGAUACCGAGACACAAAAAGGGCCUUUCCUCACUUAGUUAAUGCUGGCAAAUACUCCACAACUUUCUUCACGGUGACGUUUGCAGCCCUCUACAGUACUCACAAAGAACGAAAUCACUCAGAUACUGUAGUGUUCUUUUACCUGUGGAUCGUCUUUUGUAUCAUCAGUUCCUGCUAUACCCUGAUCUGGGAUCUAAAGAUGGACUGGGGUCUCUUUGAUAAGAAUGCUGGAGAAAACACUUUCCUCCGGGAAGAGAUUGUAUAUCCUCAAAAAGCCUACUACUAUUGUGCCAUCAUAGAAGAUGUGAUACUACGCUUUGCUUGGACUGUCCAAAUCUCAAUUACCUCUAUGACUGUGUUGCCUCAUUCUGGGGACAUCAUUGCUACUGUCUUUGCCCCUCUUGAGGUUUUCCGGCGAUUUGUUUGGAACUUCUUCCGCCUGGAGAAUGAACAUCUAAAUAACUGUGGUGAAUUUCGUGCUGUGCGGGACAUCUCUGUGGCUCCCCUAAAUGCAGAUGAUCAAACACUCCUAGAGCAGAUGAUGGAUCAGGAGGAUGGGGUCCGAAACCGCCAGAAGAAUCGGUCAUGGAAGUACAACCAGAGCAUAUCCCUGCGCCGACCUCGCCUCACUUCCCAAUCCAAGGCUCGUGACACUAAGGUAUUGAUAGAAGACACAGAUGAUGAAGCUAACACUUGAAUUCUCUGAAGUCUAGAUUAGUACCCUUGGUUUUCCUACUCUACAAUCCUUUCCUUGACCAACGCAACCUCUAGUACCUUUUUCCAGCUGAAAACAGGAGAAAACACAUUAACACAUUUUCCGAGCUCUUCCAGAUCGGAUCCUAUGGACUCCAAACAAGCUCACUGUGUUUCUUUUCUUUUCUUCUGGUUUAAUUUUAAUUUUCUAUUUUAAAAACAAAUAUUACAUCAUUUUGCCAAUCAGAGGACAUUUUAAGGACAAAAACAUAGUAUCUAUGGAUUGUUCACAGUCACAAGGACACAGAUACCUAUCAGGAUGAAGAACAGGCAUUGCAAAGACUCUCUGAUGGGACAGUACUGAGCCAUCUCGGCUUCUGUUUGGCCCGGUUUUGACUGGUUAAAACCGGACAUUGAUUUUUAAAUUUUUGUCAGUUUAUGUGGAGAAUUUUUUUCCUUUCCUUCAUACCUAGCGCAAAGGCACUGGCCGCACUUGCAGGAAAAGUGCAACUUAGAACAGUACCUUCAUUCAUGAAGCUACUUUUUAAUUUGAUGUAACUUUUCUUAUUUUGGGGGAGGGUUGCUGGGUGGGUGGGAAAUAUGAUGUAUUUGUUACAUAAAGUUUUCUCGUUAUUUAUGAAACUUAACCAUAAAAGAAUGCUACAACUCCUGUGCAAUGAAGGUGAUAACAGUGAAAGAAGAUAGGGGAAACUAAUACUGGAUGAUAUCUGUAAGAGGAGUCCCACAUACCUCUUUCAGGAGACAACUUGCACCAGUUUGACUUUCUCUUUGCUUUUCAUUUCAAGCCAAAGUUUUAUUAGUAAAUUCUAAGUUGCUGCUGCUUUAGAAUCCAGAGCUUCGCUCCCAUAGCAGGACAUCCCACACAUUUUCUUACCACUGCUUCAAAUUCACAUAAGGGGUUCUGAUCCUUUUUUUUUUUUUCUCUGAGCAGACAUGGAAUACUUUAGCCCAUAUUCCAGCCAUAGCAACUGAAGUUGCGUCUUAUUAUGCUUCAACAUGAAGGGUAAUAGUAAUGUAACCUUUGCUGACUCUGAAUUGGAAGACAGAGCCAUUUCAGAGGCUUUUCACAUUCUUGCUAGUUUUUUCCUCUUGUCUCAUUCCUUUAGUGAGAAUUUGGUUGAAUUACAAGUUAUUUGUAAGGAAACCAUAUUUUUGAGCAUAGAACAAAAUAUCUUUCCUUCUUUGUAUUGCAUUGAUACAAAAGACUUUGAUAACCAUUUCUCUGAACAGUUUGAAAACAUGAACAUUGAAUUCCAUGCUGUCCCAUAAUAGAAAACUGCUUUUAAAAUUUGAGAGUGUCUAAAUCUGGUUAUAUAUAGGAAAUGUAUUUCUGAGUUAAGAUUAAUAAUGGUCUAUGUGCAAUGACCAUUUUACUCUUGUCUUAUGUAUUCCCUGCCUAAGUGCUCUUGAUUUACUGGAAAAUCAUAAGGCAUUUUAUUUUCCUGAAUAGGAUUGGGAUUAAGUUGAGUGUCUUGGGACUGGCGAUAUAAUUUUGAGAUAGAGCAUUUGCCCUGCCUGAAUAAGGCCCUGGGUUUUUAAAAAAUUAUUUAACAGUUAAGAUGAAAAGCUAUUAUGAAACCAGGAAAAGUAAAGUUUAAACAAUGCCCUCAGCCUCAGUUGGAGAACCCAAAAGCUUAAUUUUAGACAAAGAAUCAAAUAGGCAGCUAUUAAUACUUGUAUUGUCUUAAAAACAUGUAGUUAAUUGCCCUUUUAUUCAUCACUUUUGCAUUCAGCUUUUCCCUACAUAUCAUAAAUCUUUAUUCAUCCCUGUCAUAAUUCUAGAAAUUGUGUUAGAGUUGCUUUUAAUACCAAACUUCUGCCAAUUAACUGACAAAUAGUUUCUUUUAAAAGGAGUUUGUUUCUUCUUUAGUCUGUACACUUGCAAAGUAUAUUCCCUUUCUGAAUCAAGAUUACUUUUUUCCUUAAAAAUCAUACAACUUU